UUAAAGGUUUGUAUUAAGUUUUAACUUGAAUAAUAAUUGUUUUGAGUUUGCGCGCCAUCUAUAUACGAUGCUAAAAAGAAACUGCGCACGCGCAUAACCUACAAAUAUUUUAAGAAUUUUGAUAUUAAAAAUGCAAAAAGAAGAUUCAUAGAAGAAGAAAGAAAGAAUACUUGGGAAAAGAAAUGCAAAGUCUGAAAAUUGUAUCAGAAAAUUAAUAAAGAUAGGAAGGAUUUCCUACCAUGGACAAACUUGUCGUAAUAAAGCAGGGAAUAUAAUAAGUAGAAGGGAAGAGAUAUUGGAAAGGUGGACAGAUAAUUUUGAGGAAAAAUUAAAUUUGGGUAUCCAACCGGAAGAGGAGGAAGUGUGGCUGGAUGAGUCAGAUCAAAGAGGAAAGAAAGUACCUACGCAUGAAGAAAUCAAAAACGGUGUAAAAAGACUAUUAUAAAGCUUCUGGUAUUGAUAAUAUCCCGGCGGAAGCUUUUCAAGGAAGGUGGGGACUCUUUAUGUAGUUGCAUAUCCCCAUUAGUUAAGGAAAUAUGGGCAGAAAUAGAGAUGCCAAAGAAUUGAAAGCUUAUAAAACACUAGCUUUGGUUCUGUAUGAACCCCUAAAACAUACAGACGAUAUUAUAGGGAAUUACCAGUGUGAUUCUGCAGUAAUAAAUCGUCAAUUAACCAAAUAUUCUUACUGAUACAGAUGUGUUCAUAGACUUAAAAAGCGCAUACGAUACGGUAAACAGAAAUGCAUUGUACAGGGCAAUGGAAGAGUUUGGAAUUUCCCCGCACCUAACAUCACCUAAUAUAGCUAACAUUGUCCCAAGUAGAAUGCUCAUUCAGAACAUAUACGGGGUUGCGACAAGGAGAUCCUUUAUCAACCCUUUUAUAUAACAUAGUGCUACAAAAAGCUAUAAGACAAGCAGGUAUUAAUAGAAGAGGGACAAUUAUAAAUAAGAGUGUACAAAUACUGAAAUAUGCCGAUGAUGUGGACAUCAUAGGUAGAUCUAAGAGAGAUAUGGUAGAGGCUUUCAUAGCAUUUACGAAUGCAGCAAAGGAACUGGGUCUAAAUGUAAAUGUUGAGAAAACUAAGUAUAUGCAAACUUGAAAAAGAAUGGAGUGAAGACUAAAACAAGAUUUAAAAAUUGAUGGCUAUCAUAUUGAGUGUGUUGAUAGUUUUGUAUACCUGGUGUCAUUAGUACAAGCAAAAAUGACACAAGUCAGAAAUAAAAAGAAGAAUAUAUCUGGGCAAUAAGACCUAUUUUGGGCUGCGUAAACACUUGAAAUCAAACAUAUUAACCAAGAAAAUCUAAUGCAAAAUUUGUUAUACACUCAUUAGACCAGUGAUAAUGCAUGAUUCGAAGACCAUGCUUUGCUGGGAUUGCUGGAAACGUUUAAACGGAAGAUACUUAGACACAUAUCCAAGAACAGAGACAGUGGUGCAGACUGUUUAACCAUGAACUGUAUGAAGAAUCACAAUGUGCUAUCCAUCCAUGUAAUGUGGAACGGAUAAAGGAGGUGGCACCAAGAAACAAAUAGUUAGACAAACACUGGUAGGACAGAGAUUGAGAGGAAGGCCAAAGACGAGAUAUAAUAAGAGAGGUAGAGGGGUAUGUGAGGACACUCAAAGUGAGAAAUUGGUGAGUGGUGGCGCGUAAUAGGGAGGAAUGGAAGAAAAUCCUUAAGCAGUUCAAGACGUCAAGAUGGAAUACCUCUUAGCAGAUAGGGACAUGUCCAUAACACCAGUAGCAUUUUCUCUAAUGGCCUCUUUCAUGUCAGCAAUAACAUUAUUAGGAGUAUCCAGUGAAAAUUACCAUUUCGGUAUACAAUUCGUAAUCAUCAAUCUUUCCUAUAUCAUGUUUACAGCAAUCGCAGCAUAUUUAUAUUUACCAGUUUUUUUUAAAUUACAGGCAACAAGUGCUUAUGAGUACUUAGAAAGAAGAUAUGGCAAAGCAGCACGCCUCGCGGCUUCUUGUUGUUACAGCCUCCAAAUGAUUCUUUAUAUGAGCAUAGUUCUUUACGCACCCGCUUUAACACUCGAAGCUUUAACGGGAAUUACACGACAUACAGCAAUUUUAUCCGUCGGUUUGGUUUGUACGUUUUAUUCAACGAUUGGUGGAAUGAAAGCGGUUUUAAUGACGGAUGUGUUUCAAUCUCUAUUAAUGUUUGCCGCUGUUUUUAGCGUUAUCAUUUGUGCGGUUAUUCAAAAAGGAAGUUUUGCGGAAAUUUGGAGGAUAGCUGAAAAAGGGGGAAGAACUACUUUGUUAAAUUUUGAUCCAGAUCCAACGGUACGUCACAGUUGGUUUACACUUAUUAUUGGAGGUGGAGUAACUUUUCUAUCAUUGUACGGCGUUAAUCAAACCCAAGUACAACGAUAUCUGACGAUUAGAAGCUUGAAAAACGCACGAAAAGCGCUUUGGUUAAAUUUGCCGAUUUUAAGCUUAUUAAGUCUUAGCACUUCGUUCGCUGGAUUAUCAAUUUAUUCGAAAUAUUAUAAUUGCGAUCCUGUUUUGGCAAAUAAUAUCAGACAGGAUGAUCAAUUAAUGCCGUAUUUCGUUGUUGAUUCAAUGGGACACAUUCCGGGUCUUUCUGGAAUUUUUGUAGCUGGUAUAUUUAGCGCAUCUCUUUCUUCAUUAUCAGCGGGAUUAAAUAGUAUGGCUGCAGUUACAAUGGAAGAUUAUUGGAAGCCCGUUUAUAAAUCGGUAAAAGGACGGGAUUUCCCUGAAAAAGCUUGCACAUUUUUAACAAAGUGUUUAGCGUUAUUUUAUGGUAUCUCCUGCGUUGCUAUCGCUUUUUUAGCACAAUACUUAGGGGGUGUUUUACAAGCAUCUUUAACAAUUUUCGGAGUCGUUGGUGGUCCUUUAUUGGGAUUAUUCACAUUGGGAAUGUUUACAACAAUACCAAAUCAAAGGGGGGCUUUAACUGGUUUAUUUGUCGGUUUAUCUUUAGCACUUUGGAUGGCUUUUGGCGGCCCAAAACCUCCACCUCCAAAAUUACCAGUUUCAACAAGUGGAUGUGAAGAUGGUGUUUUAAGAAAUAUUACAACUUCAACAUCAAUACAUAAUAAUAAUGAUUAUUUUUGGUUAUAUCGAGUAUCGUAUCUUUAUAAUGGCGUGUUUGGGUUGAUUUCGACACUUUUUGUUGGAUAUACAUCAAGUUUACUUUUCAAGUAUAUUUUUAAAGAAGAUCCUGAGGAUUUAGAUCCGAAUCUUUUUGUUCCUCCUUUGGCGAAAAGGUUGAAAAGGUGGAGAAGAAGUUAUAAAAUUGCAACUUUAGAAGAACAAAUGGAACUUCAUAGCAACACAGGAAAUGGAAAAUAAAUUACCCAUUUUGUUUUGUUCCUAAUAGUUCAUUGUUACUCCUUAUCAAAUUGGAAAAUUUGCUGCAUUUAUUUCUUAAAAUCAUUGAAAUUAGUCGUUGAUCAAAAUUUAAUUCAUAUUUUUUAUUAUAAUAAAUUAUAUUUGUUUUAUUUGUUCAGUAAUAAUUUAUUAUUUUUUUAUUGAUUUUUCUGUAACAAUUCUGUGUUAAUUAUACGUACUAUUUACUUC